AUGGCGUCAAACCACUGGGCUCCAGAACAAGCAAGAGUGGUAGGGGCAAAUGGCUUUCCUGCUUUUGUGAUGGAACUUGAUGGUUACCUUCAGGAAUUCUACAACAAGACACCAGUGAUUCAGACAUCCUUAGCCACACGUUUUGCCCAAGAGACAUUUGGAAAACAGUACAAACAAACCAUAGGACUGGACUUCUUCUUGAAAAGGAUAAUAUUGCCAGGAAAUUUGAAUGUUACUCUUCAAGUAUGGGAUGUAGGGGGGCAAACGAUAGGAGGCAAAAUGCUGGAUAAAUAUAUUUAUGGAGCUCAGGGUAUUCUCUUGGUUUAUGAUAUUACCAACGGCCAGAGCUUUGAAAAUUUAGAAGACUGGUAUAAUGUGGUAAAAAAAGUGAAUGAAGACUCAGAAACACAGCCACUUGUGGCCUUGGUUGGAAAUAAAAUUGACUUGGAGCAUAUGCGCACAGUGAAAGUUGACAAGCAUCAACGAUUUUGUCAGGAGAACAACUUCAGUAGCCAUUUCGUGUCGGCCAAGACAGGAGAUUCUGUCUUCCUGUGUUUUCAGAGAAUUGCUGCUGACAUACUUGGCAUCAAAUUAAACAAAGCAGAAUUGGAACAAUCACAGAGGGUGGUGAAGGCAGAUAUUGUCAACUACAGUCAGGAGCCUGUGACAAGAACCAUUAAUCCUCCUAGAAGCUCAAUGUGUGCAGUUCAAUGACCAUGUUAUUCUUCCCUGUUUUGAUACCUUUGGCGGUCCUCCUACCUUGGCACAGGCUCUGGGAUUACCAGGAAAUUUGUUUUAACAGUGACCAUCGCAACAAUGCAAUUAGAGGUUUCAAAAACGUGUUGCACCAUUGUAUGUUGAGAAGCAGUGGGCAGUUUUUUGGCUGGCCGAAAUUCAAAUACGAGACCACACACUUUGAAAAAUUAAGAUAUAUAUUCUUCUAAAUUAUAUUUAAAUAAAACAGUAUAACUGUGUUUAUAUGUUUCCUCCUACCUAUUUGACUGAUACUGGAAUAAAACUGGAUGAAGAAGUCCUGCAUUCAGAAUACUUUUAAAGACAUCACCAUGGAAGGGUACUUUGCCAAAGCAUUUCAAAAUUUUUUUCUCUUUUUUUUCUUCUGUGAUCUGAACUGACACUCAGCAAAAUGUAACUUGGAAAAGCUACUGCUGGAAUAAUUUUAAGCACGUAAUAUAUUUUAUCUAGGGAUAAUUUGGAAAGUAUUCCAUUAAUAUAUAUACAUAGUGCAAAAUGUAUAAAUCGUAUCCAGUAAGAAACAGUGCUUGAAAUAAAGCUGUAAUACAAAAAUAGUUAUUUUUCUGAAGUCUCAAGUUGUCUCCAUGGAUGCUCUGAAAAAUGCUAGUGUGUUUGUGUAUUUUUAUUAGCACGUCAGCAUUACUUCUUGCAGUAGUAGAUAUGCUCAUAUGUCUUCAUGAAUAUGGAUGAACCUCAGUCAACAGUUUGGGCUGUGAACGUUGAGUGAUAUAUUCAGCAUGCAUUAGAAACUGUUGAUGGAUCAAUUAGGAUCAGUCAUUUUUUAAUAACUAGCUGAAUGACUUUUGGCCUGGUACUCUUUUCUUUCUAGUUCAGAGUAAACGACAAAUAAAAAGCUGUCUGCUCUGUGA